AUACAAAAAAAAAAAAAAAGACAGGUGCACCUCUUAUCAAAUCAGUUACCAACAGGUGGCGCUGUGCAUCAUGCUGUUUGAAUUCUUCCCACCGGAGCCAUUUAUCAGACGGACAAACACACCGGAAGUCCUCGACUGGAAGCUAGCUGCGCUUCGGUGCGCGUUUUUGUAUUGUUUUUCCGCCCACAAUGUCUGCUAAACUAAACGCUUUAAAUAGUGAUACUUACACUGAGAUUAGUCAGUACAGAGAUCAGCAUUUUAAGGGUAAUCGAUAUGAACAAGAGAAGCUACUAAAGCAGAGCAACACUUUGUAUGUUGGGAACCUGUCCUUUUACACCACAGAGGAGCAGGUACAUGAGCUGUUUGCUAAAUGUGGUGAUGUGAAACGCAUCAUCAUCGGUCUGGAUAAAGUCAAGAAGACAGCCUGUGGGUUCUGCUUUGUCGAAUACUACACACGAGGAGACGCUGAGAACGCCAUGCGCUUCGUUAACGGCACCCGACUGGACGACCGCAUCAUCCGGACCGACUGGGACGCAGGCUUCAAGGAGGGCCGGCAGUACGGCCGCGGGAAAUCUGGAGGACAGGUGAGAGACGAGUACAGGCAGGACUACGACCCGGCCAGAGGCGGCUACGGUAAGCUGGCUCAGCAGCAUCGAUCCACAGAUGUACGCAAUUCGUUUUAGACUCGGUCCCAGCGGCGGUCUGCUUGGACUCCACUUGGAAGAGAACAUGCCAACAACAUCCUACAGAAAAAAAAAGAAAAGCAAACAAAACUCUGGACAUUUUUAUAUCUGAAGCUUCAAGGUGGACAACUCGGACACGAAGUCACCAACAAUAAGAAUGUCCACAGUGGCUUUUAUUCAUGCUCGUCAGGUUUAAACCAUUGUCCAAUGUAGCACAGGCUGGAGGAAAUUCAAACCAGAUAUUUUUUCUGUUUUGACAAUAAUGUUUUAAAACACUCAGAUUAAUAUUUCAUCGAGCCAUUUCUGUGUAUUUCUAAUAGGAAUAAUAGAAACAGUGGAUUUAUUAGUUUACUUGAAUGAAAGUUUGUCACAAAUGAGCUAUGAUUUUUUUUUCCAAUAAAAUGUUUUUGUUUAAGAGAUUUUGACUAUGAAUUAAUUGUUUUAUUAUUAUUUUAAAUUGGGGUGGUAAAUGCACACUUUUAAAACCACAGCGACAAAUUUGUGAUAAAUUUCUGUUUGUGACAUUUUAAUAUCUGAGCUGUCGACAGUUUACUGGCUUCAGACUUUGUUACGAACCGUCUGUUUAUGUUUAGAGCUUUAAGUGCAAAGCCUGGAAAUAAUAAAAAAAGAUUUGAAGUCC